UUUGUGGGAGCAGGUGAGAGGACAUGGGUGGAAGGACAGUGCUCUGACUGUGGCCUGGAGCCCCGGAUCCUCCUCUGGCUCUCAAGAUGGGGCCAUUUUUGGUGUUUGGCCCUUAUGCCACCACAGCAGCCUAAAACUUUGCAAUCAAGGGGGCAGGAGCCUUUGCUGAAACUUGUGCUUGGACACAGGAGAUUCCUGCAAGGGACGGUCCCCAGGAGAGGGAACACAGGGAGGGGACAUCUGGCCUGUCUGCUGAAGGGAGGUGCCCUCCCAUUGUACCAAAGAGAUGAGAGAACCAGGCUGCCGGGAAGGCGUGCAGGGACACCUAGCUCUCUCUCUGGUGGACUUGGAGACUCAGACAAGAAGGCUCCCAUGGCUCCUUAUCACAUCCGCAAAUACCAGGAGAGCGACCGCAAAACGGUCCUGGCCUUGUUCUCCCAGGGGAUGGCCGAGCACGUCCCCACCACCUUCCUCCACACCCUCAAGCUGCCCCGAACCUUCGUGCUCUUGCUUGGAGGGCCCCUCGCCCUAUUCCUGGUCUCUGGCUCCUGGCUCCUGGCCCUCAUGGCCAGCCUCACCCUCCUCGCUGCCCUGUGGUUUCUGGCCAAAUACUGCUGGACCCUGUUCCUAGUCGUGUCUUUGCAGACUGACUUGUCUGACAUCACCAAAUCCUACUUCAGUGAGCGUGGCUCCUACUUCUGGGUGGUUGAGGCCGAGGGGCAGGUGGUGGGCAUGGUGGGAGCUCUGCGCAUUAAGGAGCCCACCCUGGAGAAGGGGCAGUUGGAGCUGCUUCGCCUCAGUGUGGCCUUGGAGCACCGUGGUCAGGGGAUAGCAAAAGCCCUGGUCAGGACUGUCCUCCAGUUUGCAAGGGAUCAGGGCUACAGUGAAGUUGUCCUCACCACCACCAUCCUGCAGUCUUCUGCCCUGGCCCUCUACCAGAGCAUGGGCUUCCAGAAGACGCAACAGUUCUUCUUCUCCAUGUGGUGCAGGCUAACGGCUGCCCCUUCGAUUCGUUUAACCUACCUCCUCCCCUCUGCUCAGGUCUCUCAGGCACCGGGACAGGGAGGGGGCCUCUGAUGUGUCUCCUGGUGGACUAGUCAGGGGAGGAUCAGCUCUGCUGCAGGAACAGGCCAACCCUGAAAUCUCACUGUGACAGCACAGGGGUCGCUUA